UUUUCAGAAAAUGGAAUCGAAAACCAGUGCUGCAAAAUCUACGGGAGCGAUAGCCUCAGCACGAACCGAGAAUCUCAAAAUCAACAAGACUUCCAGCAUCGAUACUACGGAAAUGGUGACCGUCGAGGAAAAAGAUGCAUACGAUGUUAUGGUUGAACUCGCGGCGGCCUUUGGAGAAGAAAAUGGUUUUGUUGAGAAUUGCAAGUAAAUUCAAAUGAACCUCAUUUAAUACAAUGUCAACGUGCCUGAUAUUUUAAUAUCCCGUUUUCCAAUGAUUUCUUUCACGACAAUAUUUAUUUCAAUUUUAUAAAGCUGUCAUGUGGUUA